CAAUCACGAUCCUCAGUUUGUGUUGAGCCGUUCUGAGCAGAAGAAGAGAACUGUGGUAGAAGUGAGAGUCUCGCCCGAUGACGAUUUUUUUUUGGUUUCGCGUUCACCAGCAAGGACUCUUUUCCAUCACAUGUACUCGGUUUAGCGGAAAGUGAGAAGGACACCAGCGGACGCGCAAGGAGCUGAAGAUCAUCCUCCGUUCCGGGUUGUUUGUUGUUGUUUUGUAGGGGGGACGAUAUCAGCUGAAUAGUGUACGCGAGUGGACACGGACGGGGUCAGUCAGCCGUUAUCAGUGACAGACCGAUGAAUGAGUAGUGCUUGUUUUGUUGAGUGAGAAGCUGGUGAUAAGGGUAUCGAAUGUUUAGUUGGUACAAGUUCAGCUAGCAAUUUGAAUAACACAGCAGCGUCAGUGAUGUGAUGGGAGUUAUCAUUUCGUUCCGGCCAAAUUCGAGUAACACAAAUGUUGCAAUCUUUCGGCGGUAUAUUUUUUUUUGCGGAGGCGAUAGCAAAUGAUUCUUCAUCUGGUGGGUCCACCUAUCCACACACCGCUUGCACAUUCGGGUCCCAUUCUGCCGAAUUACAGCGAAGCAUUGUUUUGAGAGUGUUGUUUUAUAGUCACUGUUCCUGUGAAAAAGCUCUGAAAAGGCAAAACACGAAAAAGUAAACGAUUGAUACGGAGAAAAAACGCGUCUUUUGGUCGCGACGUGGAGAAGACGAAGGAGGCGGCGCGAGUCGGGAGUGUUUUAUAAAUAAGCCGAUGAAAAGUGAGAAGACAACGACGACGACGACGACGAGUCGUUUGAUUCAUUCAUAAAAAUCGUACUCGCGUUUUUUCAUUUUGUUGUGCAUAUGUGCGCGCACACGUCGACCCUAAGCAGGCGACGAAUGCUGUGAAUGCUGUGUGGUGUUUAGACGACGAAAUCGCGCGUGUAGUGGUGCGCAACACGCGUCCAUCCGCGCCGUCUGAUCAACGCGCUUAGUAGUAGGCGAAAAGAAGUGCGAAUAAGAGAGCGGUUAUAAAAUUAGAAUCAUUUACCUAAAUCAGCGGAUUUGGCAGAUUUGGCAGAGGUGCCUCUAUACCUUGAUGCAUGCGGCGGUUUGUUCCCCCCUGCUUGGGCUUGGAAACAUUGCAUUGCUACCAGAUGAGCGGUUAGCGCAAAAGCGAAUGUGCAAUGCAAUUAAUUCGUUACCGCUGAGUGAAGCUGCUUGUGUGUAAACAUUGUCAAAAGCGAAAAGUAAGGUGGAGUCACGUUUUUUGUGCCGUUUCAAAACAACACCGAUUUUAAAAACCACAGAGCGGUUAGCGACUGGAUAGCAACAAUUCCUGCGAUUUGGCCCCGAAGCAACCAUUUGGAAGCUUCGACAAGCGAGCAGCCAGCUUUAUCUUGGGGGCACGCGCAAGCAAUGGAAUUGGAGGCAGCGUACGAAGCACUAGCGGACUACUCGCUCCAGGAGGCUCCCUUCUACGAGGCACCGCUCAAAGAAGUAGUGACUCAAACGCAAUCGUCACCACAAUCGAAUUCGUUCUCCCUCCGGUUCUCACCGAUUGUCCAUCGCAUGGCGACGUCAGCGUUGUUUAUGGCCACCAGUGCCAACGUUGCUGCUGCUGUUGGCGGUGGCAAAAUGAUGCAUCUGAACGCGGACUUGGUUCCCCAGCAGCAACAGCAGUCUCCCACAAGACCGCCAUCUCUGGUGCCAUCCUCCGGCGGAGGAGGUCUCAUGAAGACGAAGAAAAACAUGAAAAAAUCAGUCAGCUUUCUGCCGACGUUUGUGCAGAGUUACGAUGGCGAAAGUCAAAUCCAACUGAAGCAGGAACCACUGGACGAUGGACCACAUGUUAGGAAUAUCCAAAAAGUACCGAGCCUGUCGGAUUUGAGCGAUCCGGAAGCUUCACUAGAUGUACCGACACAGAUGCCACCGCUGACGCCCGGAACGAACAAAAAGCUAACCGAGGUCCUGUACGCGUCCUUCGCUUCCUGGGAGAAAGUGGUGCACUCCUACAAAAUUACCAAAGACCCACGACAAUGGACACCCGAGCAUGUGAUCAUCUGGCUGAACUGGUCGAUCAAAGAGUUCUCGCUCGAGAGCGUCAACAAGGAACCGUUCCUGAAGAUGAGUGGCCGCGACAUCGUUGGUCUAGGGCGGGAGGGUUUCCUAGCGAUAGCACCCCCCUUCACCGGUGACAUUCUGUGGGAGCAUCUGGAAAUUCUACAGAAAGAUUGCGAAAAGGCCCUGCUGGACACCAGUGGCAGCGCGUCGACGUCCACGAACAGCGCCCUGUUCGACUGCGGCUCGACCGGGGCGGCCAGCAGUGGCGUUAGCGAACUCAGCGAGUACAACAGUGCCCUGCAGCGACUGAGCAACCAGCAGCAGCAGGACCAGCAGCAAUUUGGCGGUGGCAGUGCUAGCAACCGUGUCAGUGCUGCCAGCAAUUCCAACAACAGCAGUGGUUAUACUUCCCUCCACGAUCGUAGCGACGGUUCCCCGCCACCGCUGAUCCAAUCGUCCAACCAGCAGCAGCAGCAGCAACAGUCCGGCACAGGAUCCGGUGGAGGAGGCGGUGGCGGCGGCGGAGGUGGUGGCAAUAGUGGCAAUAGCAGCAACAACAGCAACCCGAACAACUCAUCCUCCUCCGCUAAUACCAGUAGCAGCAGCGGCAGCAACAACAGUAAUAACAAUAAUAACAACAACAACAGUAUGUCCUCUUAUCUGUCCUCGAUGGCAGCGGCAGUGAGGAACGCCAACAAUAACAACAACAACAGCAGUGCAAAUAGUACCAACACCAGUUAUCCUAACAGCAACAGUGCGAAUACUCCAUCGACGACAUCCAGCGCAGGAAGCCAUCCGCAGAUGAAGGAGGAGCACGAGCCGAACAGCUUCAUCAACAUCGACGAUCUACCGAACUUUGGCGUUGUUCCGGGUCACUAUGACGACCAGGAUCAGUACCAUUCGCUACCGCAGCCGGAAACGCAAACGCCUACCCACGGCUACCUGGAGAACAGCCCGGAGUUCUAUUCCGCCAUACAGAUGGAGCAGAAGUACAUGCCGCCGCACUACAAGACCGGUCCGUACACCAGCCGAGGCGGCCGUUACCAUCAGCCGCACCAUCACAGCAGCAGCGGUGGAGGGGCAGGCACUGGCGCUGGCGCCGGAUCGCAAAGCUCCCAUCACCACCAUCACCAUCAGCACCAUCAUCCGCAUCACGACGGCUACCAUGAGUACAGCUCACCGUAUGACACACCCCCCUUCCAGACCGUACCUAGCAAUACGACAUCACCUCAGGGCUCGGGAGGCAACAGUAACAACGACAGUACCGGACUCGGGGCCCACAUAGACCCCUGGAGUCAACUGCACCACCCGGGACAACAUCCGGGUCAUCCGGGAGCCCAUCCGUCGCUGCUAGACUUCCAGCAUCCGGCGUACAUGGGAACGACGAUGGGUUUCGACAAGACGAUGCUCGGCAGUUACGGUGCGCAAGGUGGAGCCCCCUGCUUCACGGGUUCUGGUCCCAUUCAGCUGUGGCAGUUCCUGCUGGAACUGCUCACCGACAAGACCUGCCAAAACUUCAUCUCCUGGACCGGCGAUGAGUGGGAGUUCAAGCUAACGGAUCCGGAUGAGGUGGCCCGCCGAUGGGGAGUCCGGAAAAACAAGCCAAAAAUGAACUACGAGAAGCUUAGCCGAGGCCUGCGGUACUAUUACGAUAAGAACAUCAUCCACAAAACCGCCGGCAAGCGCUACGUGUAUCGUUUCGUAUGUGAUCUUCAAACUCUGCUCGGAUACUCAGCCAAACAAGUACACGAAAUGGUUGACCUCAAGCCGGACAAAAAGGACGACGAGUAGGCACACAAACACAGUGUAUAGUCACUCUGUGUUUAGCAUAGUUGUCUCCAGCGGGAGCGGAGUGCGUCUUGCUCAAAAAACACCCACAACUCCCAUCUCCCGGAGAGAAAUCCCGUUUUUUUUGGAUCUCCUUCAACAACCCUCACAUUUUUUUGGAUCAUCUCGUGCUUCCAUCGGACAGAAAAUUAUUUGAAAACCGUACUUCAAAAAAGCCCCCAAAGCAAAGCUGGCGAAACCAUCCACCAUCGACAACAACAAUCAAUCGAUCAAUCGAUCAAUCAAGUAGACAUUGUACACUGUGUACACACACACACGCACCCAUGUAAAUAGAAAAAAAAACUCAGAUUUCCCUUCCGCACACGCGUAAUGCGCGUACGCCAAAACGUAUGCAACGGAAGCGUUCUACUUUUUUGUUUGUUUGUUCACUCUCGUUACAUCUUUUCUAUCUCGCUCUUGGUCUCUCUGUGUCAUUUGUUUUAACGUCAAAUUUAGAGUGAGUGGGCAGUUUUUGCAACAACAACCAACGUCGUGAAAGGUGAGCGAAACUUAAUUUUACUUAACGAAAAACCUAGGAAAAAAAUGAAAAAUGAGUCAAAAAGUGAACGCUGGACCUAACAUUUUGUGUUGGAAAAAUGUCGUGUGAGCAACGCAAGAAAACAAGUUUUAUUUUAUUUUUUUAGUGAAAAAAAAACAGAAAACAAUUAUUUGUGAAGCUAUGUGAUAAGAUUUUCUUCUCUAUUUUUUUAGAUAUAUUCGUUCUAUAUAUGUAUGUAUGAUUAUUAUUAAUUAUUGAUAAAAAACAAAAUGAGAUAGACUAAACCGUUUGUUAGGAGGAGCAAGGAUAUUUCCUCCGCGCGUGCGCGAUAAGAGGAGAGGUAUAAAUAAGCAGUAUCAUGAAGAAGAAAUCAAGUGAAUGUUCUCUGUAAUAUUAACUAUGACGUAUGUAGUAAAAGCAACGAGUGUAGAAAUCCGUGGAUGAGUGCGUGGAUGAAUGGAAGAGUGUGUUACGUGGUUCGGCCCCGUCUUCCGCGGAAUGCGCUGAUCUCGCGAAGCAAAAUCAGAGUACUAUAUAGAGCUUAUAAUUCGCUGUUUGUGUUUAAUUCUUAUAAUCGCUGUACAUGUGUGUGUGCGUAUAAAAGUGUGGAUCUGUGCAAGAGUGUGUAUAUGUUUGCAUGAGGAGAGAGUGUCUGCAUCUUGAGAGAACAAGCGAAGCUGUGUAGUAUAAUUUAAGUGAACUAUUAAAAAAUAUUACUGUAAACAAAGAAGUAAAACAAACAAAGUCGAUCAAAAAUAAAGUAUAAUAAUAUUGUACCUCAGAGGCUGGUACCGUUGUAGAGGCGAAUGAACUGAAAAGUUUAAACCCUCUUAAAGCCAAAAAGAAGAAGAAGAAGAGGCUGGUACCGUGGAACGCCCCUCCGCGGAGGACUGGACGGAAGUUCAAGGCUCGGAGGCAAUCGGUUCCGAACCCCAUUAUUCAUUCAUAUAUUGGUGCGAUAUUAGAAGAAUACCGAUGGAUUUCAUCAAAAUAUUUAUGUAAACCUGUAGAAAGUUUAGUUCUUUUGUGCCUAUCAUCGAGGAGCUGAUUUGCCUUGCGAGACCGCGUCCCAGUUGUGCGGUGUCCACACUGAGUUAUAAUG